CCGUGAUUCACUUUCGACAAAGCUCUUGGAAAUCAAACAUAUCUGAAGGACAUUUGAAUAUUAUUUAUUAAUUUUUUAACUCACCAAAAAGAAUUUAUAACUGCAUAAAUGUCCGUAGUUAGCGCGCUGCCUUUCCUGAAGCCCAUCCACAUGAGAGCCCCGAUCUCCCCCGGCCGCCAGCGCCGGCACACGCUCCCCGCCAGCGAGUUCCGCUCGCUCAACGCUGAGGACGCCAUCAGCGUAUUCGAAAUAGAGAGAGAGGCUUUUAUAUCUGUGUCUGGAGAAUGUCCUCUUCACCUGGAUGAGGUCCGGCACUUCCUAACCCUCUGUCCUGAGCUUUCUUUGGGCUGGUUUGAACAGGGGAGGCUUGUUGCUUUUAUCAUUGGAUCACUCUGGGACCAGGACCGUCUUACCACUGAUGCAUUAACCCUUCACAAGCCUCAUGGGUCUACUGUCCACAUCCAUGUGCUGGCAGUCCACCGGACCUUCCGCCAACAGGGAAAAGGAUCUAUCUUGCUGUGGCGUUACCUGCAGUAUCUGCGAUGUCUACCAUAUGUCCGCCGUGCCGUGCUCAUGUGUGAGGACUUCCUGGUGCCUUUCUACCAGAAGACUGGCUUUAAGGGGCAAGGUCCUUCUGAAAUCUCCGUAGGGUCACUUACCUUCAUCGAGAUGUAUUAUCCUAUAAGGGGACAUGCAUUCAUGCGCCGUAACAGUGGCUGUUAAGGGAUCACUAGUCAUGUAGCUCUUUGGACCUUCAAAAGAAGCAGAGGGUGUGAUGAAGCAGCUUUUAGUUUUGGUCUAGAUAUAGAUAUUUUGUGGUCUAGUGCUGUUUACGUCUACUUUUGUAAGCCUUGGUCAGCAUAGCAAAAAAUAUUAGAUACACAUUUAAAAAAAAAGGUGUGUGUGUGAGGGUGGGGGGGGGGGGGGGGGUGGACAGAGCAAACUGCAUCCCACUCUCUUAUCUAAGAUGGCUAAAUAUACCUUUU